UUUGCUCUGAUUGAGAUGGAUUUUAGCAGACCUGUUUGUUGCAUGUUGUUCAGGCAUUUGCCCCCCUCCCCCCCCUUUUGUUGUUCCGAUGCUGCAGGCGCACCGUCAACCUGUGCUGACAAAGCAGGGGAAGGAAAAACCUGCCUGGCUCACAUUAAAUUCCCUAUGGACUAUCCAUAUUCACCACCAACCUUCAGAUUCCUGACCAAAAUGUGGCACCCCAACAUUUAUGAGAAUGGAGAUGUAUGUAUUUCAAUCCUUCACCCGCCUGUAGACGACCCUCAAAGUGGAGAGCUCCCGUCUGAAAGGUGGAACCCCACCCAGAAUGUCAGGACCAUUCUGCUGAGCGUCAUCUCCCUGCUUAAUGAGCCCAACACCUUCUCUCCGGCCAACGUGGAUGCUUCGGUCAUGUUCAGGAAAUGGAGGGACAGCAAAGGAAAAGACAAAGAAUAUGCUGAGAUCAUUCGGAAACAAGUCCAGGCAACCAAGGCAGAAGCAGAAAAGGACGGGGUGAAGGUCCCCACCACGCUGGCAGAGUACUGCAUCAAAACUAAAGUGCCUUCCAAUGACAACAGCUCAGAUUUGCUUUAUGACGACUUGUACGACGACGACAUUGAUGAUGAAGACGAGGAGGAAGAGGAGGACGCCGAUUGUUACGAUGACGAUGAUUCUGGCAACGAGGAGUCGUGACCUGCUCCCCCGGCCUCUGUCAAACUGCCCCGCCUGUUCUGCCAGAGGGGAGCAGCUGUGACCCACUGACAGUUCAGCAAAAAAAAUUAUAUAUAUAUACACGGGGGCGGGGAAAACACCAACCCAACCUGCGUCUCCUGCUUUCUCCCGUUGUAUGGAUCUCGACCCCCCACACGCCCCCUCCCGUCCUCCGGGCCUCCGAGCAAGACAGCCUGCUGCGGAAUGUCUCCGUUCUUGCAUUCUCUCCUGUCCCAGCACUGUGUUCUGAUUUUUUUUUAAGAAAGAUGGCUCUCCCCCACUUCACUCUGCUCCCCCUCUUCAGGAAUGUUCGUAACACAACCAGACAGGUUUGCUCUGUUUAGAUUCUUGAAUUAAACAGUCUUUCAUCAA